AUGAAGAGAUGGCGAGUAUGCCAAGACCUAAGGCCCAACCCCUUUGAGGAAAACGCAUUAACAGAUCAUUACAGAAUACUAACAACCCUUGGCCAAGGAGCGUUUGGGGAUGUAAAAUUGGCCAGCCAUCUCCUUACCCAGACAAAGGUAGCUGUAAAAGUUCUCCCCAAGAGCAGAAAAAAACCCAUCAAGUCCGAAAUCGAGAUAAUGAAAUCCCUCGAUCAUCCACAUAUUAUUAAACUUUUACAAAUAAUCGACACCACCAAAAACAUUUUCAUCGUUCUGGAGCACGCUGUGGGAGGAGAGCUUCUGGCCAAAAUUGAGGAGUUUGGCUACCUAGCAGAGGAGGAGUGUCACAGGCUAUUUAAACAGAUGGUAUGUGCCCUCAAGUAUUGUCACCAGAAAGGAAUUGUCCACAGGGAUUUAAAGCCAGAAAACAUUUUAUUGGACCGCCACGGAAACGUAAAACUUACUGAUUUUGGAUUGGGCACCAAAAUAAUCAUGGGCCAGAAGCUAGCAACCUUCUGUGGGACCCUCCCUUACUGUGCCCCAGAACUGUUUGAAAGUAGAGGAUACGAUGGCAGGGCAAUUGAUAUCUGGAGCUUGGGGGUGGUGCUCUACUACAUGGCCACAGGGUGCCUCCCUUUCCAGGGAUAUACCUAUGAAGCAAUAAAGCAGAAGAUCUUGGCAGGAAAGUACUCUAUGAGCUUCAGGCUGUCAGCAGAACUUUGGGAUGUGAUAGCCAAAUUGUUAACUGUCAACCCUGGAGGAAGGCCAACAGUCCACGACAUUGUCAGAUUUAAGUGGCUAAAGCAUGACAAUGAAGCUUCUCCUGGUUCUUUGGGAGAGAAUACUGACAGCCACCCUGACCCCACUAUUAUGGUCAUUAUGGCUGUCAUGGGAUAUAAUCCAGCAGAGAUAAGGGAAAGUCUGAGGGAGAAAAAGUUUGACCAGGUGAUGGCCACUUAUUUAAUGCUCCGAGAACAGUCAUCGUGCGAAAAACCUAAUCCUAAACAGUGUGAUCAAACACUGAAAAACACAUGGCCAACCAUGAAAAACCAAACAGCCAUGAGGAGGGGAUCUAGCAUGCCUACCCUUUCCACCUUCAAUUUGCCCAAUGAAUCAGAAAGUCUAGAGAAGGGGGAAAGUACUACAGUGAACCACAUUAUGCCUCCCACCCCGAACUGCUUCAACAAGAAGACAACUCCAGUUCACAGAAUCUGCCCCCAGCUUGUCCAGAAGUCUUACUUCAUGAGGAGAGCCUGGGGGGAGACAGAGAGCAGUGACACCUCAGAAGAAAGCUCUCCCAUAGAGUCUUUUAAAAAUCCAUCAAUGAAAAUACACCCCCACCAGUCAUCUAUGAAUAUGUUCAAAACUCUCUCUACCUAUUCAAAGAGUAAGUGUGUUUCAGGUCAUCAUGCCUCUGUGGAGGAAGGUCCGUGUAAGGGCACCAACAUACCCAGAGGAAAGAUCAACCCAACUCUUCCACCAACCUGUCCUCAGAAGCACCCCAUGCCACAGCGCCACAUUGUGACUGCACGUAGGUCUAUGGACAACAUUAACUCACCUCCAUUCUCUAUCAAGGCCAAGGCUGAGUGUCCUGCUCUGCGAGACAGAGAGUCCAGACCAUGUUUCCGAAAUGCACCCCAGAGACACCUCCGUGGCAGGUGUCAGAUGGCUCCCCAGCCCCCCUUUCAAAGACAGGUCUGGAAGACCCUGAAGAAUGGCUUUCUAAAAGUCCUAGGAACUUUAUGUUGCUGCCUGCCAAUCCAAAGUAGAGUGCACCUAGGUAACGACAGAGUCCUGGCUGUGAGUUAA